CCUGGCAGAAAGUGAUGAUAGCUGAGCUGCAGCUAAAGGAGAAACUGGAGUGUAACUCCACCAUUCUAAAGCUAAGCACACAAAGGUUUGAAGCUGACUCAUGGCAUCUUAUAAAACUGAGAAAACCUGGAGUGAUCUGCAGGAGAGGGUGGGAUAACCUUAUGGCUGGAGAUGCUCAACUACAGGUACAUUCAACUAGCCAGCAUAACAGACAGAAGAUGCACUCCCCAUCUUACCUGCCCAGACUGUUGAUUACACCUGAUGGAGUUUCUAACAGACCCUCCACUGAUCUGAGACGGGGUCCUCGGGUAGUGGUCCCUCCACUGUUCAAUGAAAAGGCCAAUGGCAGAAAAGAGACUCCAAGAAAGUCAGUGAACUGCAGCUUUCAGCAACCAGUCAAUCAGCUAAAAUGUUCCAACAUCCAGGAUGGUCCCAUGAUUCCCUCCUCCAAUCUCCAGUUGCAGAACAGUCCCUCAGUUAGACAAGAAGAACAUGAAGGCAACAAGAAGAGAUCAUCAAGAACUUGGAGCCACAGCCCAGGGCUUCAGCGGGAACUUGCAGCAUGCAGUUUCUUCAGGGAAAACAAGUCGUUUGCCUGGAAUUUUCUGGAUUCUUUCAUUUUGGAGGUGCUUCGAGAUGAAUUGGUGCCUGAUAUUUUGAUGGAAGUGCUGUCAGGUUACUACACCAAGUGUCCUAUAUAUUCACCAACUAGGAAGCAUUUCCACACCAAGAGAAAGCUACAACAGACAGUUAAACUGGAUGUAUUCAAGCAGCAACCAGCUGUAUCAGUAUUAAACAUACUCCUGGAGGAGGUAGUCAGUGAGCUGACUGUGGGAUUGAUCCGAAGGGUUGUUGAGGAGCUUGUCAGAAAUCACCUGACCACCACAGCCAUCAAUGAAUCUCUGACAGAAGUAAUGGCGGAAACGAUUGAGCCAAUGGUGCCACAGCUUGUGAAAGAAGCUGUAAGUGAGAUAUGGCAAGAGGGAAUCCUACAGGAAGAAAUCCUGCCAGAGGUACUGGAUGAGGAAAUGAGGAAUGUUGCAGUGUUACUGCUGGGCGAAUAUGACACUUAACUAUAUGAACAGCAGAAGCAGGCAAUCACGACAUAUGCUGGCAAGAGACUGAUUGACAUGUUCCUUCUGGAGAAUCUGUUGAAGGUUGUAGGAAACCAGGGGAGAGCAUUCUCUGAAAAGGUUGAACUGGACAGGCUAUUAGACAGUUGGAUGCUUGACCUUCUUUUGGGGCAAUACCUUAACAUUACCCAACAUAAUCAUUUAACUGUUGAAAAUGUGGCGCUGAGGGAUUACCACACAAAGGCUUUCACUGAAGUGGUGCUCAACGUGAUCUUGACAGAAAUGAGUGAACACAUGGAUGAAGACUUGGCUGAUCUUUUCCAGUACGAACGACAAAUGGAGGAAACAAAUUUCAUUACAGAUUAGCAAUAUCUGGGUGACUCAGACUGUGGGUAUCAGGGUGGCUGAGCCUAUGGAUAUCAGGGUGACCGAGGCUGUGGAUGUCAGGGUGACUGAGGCUGUGGAUAGCGGGGUGAUUCAGACUGGAUAUCGGGGUGAUUCAGACUGUGGAUAGCAGGGUGAUUCAGACUGGAUAUCAGAGUGAUUCGGACUGUGGAUAGCAGGGUAAUUCGGACUAUGGAUAACGGGGUGAUUCGGACUGUGGAUAGCAGGGUGAUUCAGACUGGAUAUCAGAGUGAUUCGGACUGUGGAUAGCAGGGUAAUUCGGACUAUGGAUAACGGGGUGAUUCGGACUGUGGAUAGCAGGGUGAUUCAGACUGGAUAUCAGGGUGAUUCGGACUGUGGAUACUGGGAUAAUUAGGACUGUGGAUAGCGGGGUGAUUCAGACUGGAUAUCGGGGUAAUUCGGACUGUGGAUAGCGGGGUGAUUCAGACUGGAUAUUGGGGUAAUUCGGACUGUGGAUAGCGGGGUGAUUCAGACUGGAUUUCCGGGUGAUUCGGACUGUGGAUAGCGAGGUAAUUCGGACUGUGGGUAGCGGGGUGAUUCGGACUGGAUAUCGGGGUAAUUCGGACUGUGGAUAGUGGGGUGAUUCAGACUGUGGAUAUCGGGUGAUUGAGACUGUGGAUAUCGGGGUGAUUCGGACUGUGGAUAUCGGGUGACUUGGGCUAUGGGUAUCAGAGUGUCUGAGGCUGUGGAUCUCGGGGUGACUAAGGCUAUGGAUCUUGGGGUGACUAAGGCUAUGGAUCUCGGGUUGACUGAGGCUGUGGAUCUCGGGGUGACUGAGGCUGUAGACAUCAGUGUGACUUGGACUGUGGUUAACGGGGUGAUUUGGACUGUGGAUAUCGGGGUGACUUGGACUAUGGAUAUUGGGGUGAUUUGGACUAUGGAUAUUGGGGUGAUUUGGACUGUGGAUAUCGGGGUGAUUCGGACUGUGGAUAACGGGGGAUGCGGACUGCGGAUUUUGGGGUGAUUCGGACUGGAUAUCGGGGUGAUUCAGACUGUGGAUAUCGGGGUGAUUCGGACUGUGGAUAUCGGGGUGAUUCGGACUGUGGAUAUCGGGGUGAUUUGGACUGUGGAUAGUGGGGUGAUUCUGACUGUGGAUAGUGGGGUGAUUCUGACUGUGGAUAACAGGGUGAUUCGGACUAUGGAUGUCGGAGUGACAGACUGUGGAUAUUGGGGUGACUGAGGCUAUGGAUAUCUGGGUGACUGAGGCUGUGAAUCUCGGGAUGACUAAGACUGUGGAUAACGGGGUAAUUCAGACUGGAUAUCGGGAUGACUGAGGCUCUGGAUCUCGGGGUGACUGAGGCUUUGGAUCUCGGGGUGACUGAGGCUGUGGACAUCAGUGUGACUUGUACUGUGGAUAACGGGGUGAUUCGGACUCUGGAUAUCAGAGUGAUUUGGACUAUGGAUAUUGGGGUGAUUUGGACCGUGGAUAUCGGGGUGAUUCGGACUGUGAAUAACGGGGUGAUUCGGACUGUGGAUAAUGGGGUGAUUCGGACUGUGGAUAAUGGGGUGAUUCGGACUGUGGAUAGCGGGGUGAUUCGGACUGUGGAUAUCGGGGUGAUUCGGACUGUGGAUAUCGGGGUGAUUUGGACUGUGGAUAGUGGGGUGAUUCUGACUGUGGAUAACAGGGUGAUUCGGACUAUGGAUGUCGGAGUGACAGACUGUGGAUAUUGGGGUGACUGAGGCUAUGGAUAUCCGGGUGACUGAGGCUGUGAAUCUCGGGAUGACUAAGACUGUGGAUAACGGGGUAAUUCAGACUGGAUAUCGGGAUGACUGAGGCUCUGGAUCUCGGGGUGACUGAGGCUUUGGAUCUCGGGGUGACUGAGGCUGUGGACAUCAGUGUGACUUGUACUGUGGAUAACGGGGUGAUUCGGACUGUGGAUAUCAGAGUGAUUUGGACUAUGGAUAUUGGGGUGAUUUGGACCGUGGAUAUCGGGGUGAUUCGGACUGUGAAUAACGGGGUGAUUCGGACUGUGGAUAAUGGGGUGAUUCGGACUGUGGAUAGCAGGGUGAUUCGGACUGUGGAUAGCGGGGUGAUUCGGACUGUGGAUAGCGGGGUGAUUCGGACUGUGGAUAGCGGGGUGAUUCAGACUGUGGAUAGCGGGGUGAUUCGGACUGUGGAUGGCGGGGUGAUUCGGACUGUGGAUAGCGGGGUGAUUCGGACUGUGGAUAGCGGGGUGAUUCGGACUGUGGAUAGCGGGGUGAUUCGGACUGUGGAUGUCGGAGUGACUGAGACUGUGGAUAUCGGGGUGACUGAGGCCAUGGAUAUCAGGGUGACUGAGGUUGUGGAUCUCGGGGUGACUGAGGCUGUGGACAUCAAUGUGACUCGGACUGUGGAUAGCGGGGUGAUUUGGACUGUGGAUGGCGGGGUGAUUUGGACUGUGGAUAGCGGGGUGAUUUGGACUGUGGAUAUUGGGGUGAUUCGGACUGGAUGUCAGGGUGGUUCAGAUUGUGGAUAGCGGGGUGAAUCGGACUGUGGACAUCGGGGUGAUUCAGACUGGAUAUCGGAGUAAUUUGGACUGUGGAUAUCGGGGUGAUUCAGACUGUGGGUAUCGGGGCGACUUGGACUAUGGAUAUCGGAAUGACUGAGACUGGAUAUCAGGGUGAUUUGGACUGUGGAUAUUGGGGUGAUUCGGACUGUGGAUAUUGGGGUGAUUCGGACUGUGGAUAUUGGAGUGUUUCAGACUGGAUAUCGGGGUGAUUUGGACUGUGGAUAUUGGGGUACUUUGGACUGUGGAUAGCGGGGUGAUUCAGACUGGAUAGCGGGGUAAUUCGGACUGUGGGUAGCGGGGUGAUUCGGACUGGAUAUUGGGGUAAUUCGGACUGUGGAUAGUGGGGUGAUUCAGACUGUGGAUAUCGGGGUGAUUGAGACUGUGGAUAUCGGGGUGAUUGAGACUGUGGAUAUCGGGGUGAUUGAGACUGGAUAUCGGGGUGACUGAGGCUCUGGAUCUCGGGGUGACUGAGGCUUUGGAUCUCAGGGUGACGGAGGCUGUGGACAUCAGUGUGACUUGUACUGUGGAUAACGGGGUGAUUCGGACUGUGGAUAUCAGAGUGAUUUGGACUGUGGAUAUCGGGGUGAUUCGCACUGUGAAUAACGGGGUGAUUCGGACUGUGGAUAAUGGGGUGAUUCGGACUGUGGAUAGCAGGGUGAUUCGGACUGUGGAUAGUGGGGUGAUUCGGACUGUGGAUAGCGGGGUGAUUCGGACUGUGGAUAGCGGGGUGAUUCGGACUGUGGAUAGCGGGGUGAUUCGGACUGUGGAUAGCGGGGUGAUUCGGACUGUGGAUAGCGGGGUGAUUCGGACUGUGGAUAGCGGGGUGAUUCGGACUGUGAAUAGCGAGGUGAUUCGGACUGUGGAUAGCGGGGUGAUUCGGACUGUGGAUAGCGGGGUGAUUCGGACUGUGGAUAGCGGGGUGAUUCGGACAGUGGAUAGCGGGGUGAUUCGGACUGUGGAUAGCGAGGUGAUUCGGACUGUGGAUAGCGGGGUGAUUCGGACUGUGGAUAGCGGGGUGAUUCGGACUAUGGAUGUCGGGGUGACUGAGACUGUGGAUAUCAGGGUGACUGAGGUUGUGGAUCUCGGGGUGACUGAGGCUGUGGACAUCAAUGUGACUCGGACUGUGGAUAGCGGGGUGAUUUGGACUGUGGAUGGCAGGGUGAUUUGGACUGUGGAUGGCGGGGUGAUUUGGACUGUGGAUAGCGGGGUGAUUUGGACUGUGGAUAGCGGGGUGAUUUGGACUGUGGAUAGCGGGGUGAUUUGGACUGUGGAUAGCGGGGUGAAUCGGACUGUGGACAUCGGGGUGAUUCAGACUGGAUAUCGGAGUGAUUCGGACUGUGGAUAUUGGGGUGAUUCACUCUGGAUAUCGGAGUGAUUCGGACUGUGGAUAUCGGAGUGUUUCAGACUGAAUAUCGGGGUGAUUUGGACUGUGGAUAUCGGGGUGAUUCGGACUGUGGGUAUCGGGGCGACUUGGACUAUGGAUAUCGGAGUGACUGAGACUGGAUAUCAGGGUGAUUUGGACUGUGGAUAGCGGGGUGAUUCAGACUGUGGAUAUUGGGGUGAUUCAGACUGGAUAUCGGGGUGAUUCGGACUGUGGAUAUUGGGGUGAUUCGGACUGUGGAUAUUGGGGUGAUUUGGACUGUGGAUAUUGGAGUGUUUCAGACUGGAUAUCGGGGUGAUUUGGACUGUGGAUAUCGGGGUGAUUCAGACUGGAUAUUGGGGCGACUGAGACUGUGGAUAUUGGGGCGACUGAGACUGUGGAUAUCGGGGUGACUGAAGCUGUGCAUUUUGGUAUUACUGAGACUGUGGAUAUCGGAGUGACUGAGACUGUAGAUAUCGUGAUGACUGAGACUAGAUAUCGGGGUGACUGCAACUGUGCAUGUCAGGAUUACUGAGACUGUGGAUGUUAGAGUGAUUAAGACUGUGGAUAUCGGGGUGACUCGGACUGUAGGUAUCGGGGUGACUUGGACUGUGGAUACUGGGGUGACUAAAGCUGUGGAUAUUGGGGUGAGUGAGGCUGUGGAUAAGCAAUUUGAAUGUCAGAGCUUGGAUUUGACUUGACAGAUAGUGAGAAGAUCUAGACCCAUUAAUCUGAGCUCCUGAGGACCAGGAUAAGAAACACUGCCGGUGGGAAUAAUUCCAGGCGAUGGGACUCAGCUACAAUGUUCUAACAAAAAACCUUUCACUCUGUACAUUAAAGUCGUCACAUAGA